GUACUUCAUGGACGUCAAGUGCCCCGGCUGCUUCGCCAUCACCACGGUCUUUUCGCACGCUCACAGCGUCGUCAUGUGCGGGUCGUGCUCGCAGGUCCUCGCCCAGCCCACGGGUGGUAAGGCCAGGCUGACUGAGGGAUGCUCCUUCCGUCGCAAGGUGAGCUAAUGGCGAAACCCGGCGGCGCGGCGGCGCGGGGUGAUAGUGCAAGGAGAGUAGUGGACAGGAGGCUGACCAGGCGAGAGUGUGGAUGCUGCUUCAUCGCUAUCAGGCGUAAGGGAUGUAGCUUCUCGUCGUGGUAUUCAAAAAGGUUGCGAAGACGGGGUCGAGGAUGUGCUUGUAUGCGGGCGUGCAAGGCG